AAUAAAUGAAUACAAUUGUUAGGAUGUAAUUCAAUUAUACAUACAGUACGAAUGUUUUUACGUGUUCACUAACACAUUUACAUGAACAUCGUGGUUAAAUAUUCAACUAGCCACCUGGUGAGACAUUCAAUAACUAUCUUUUCAGACUUUACACACCUUAACCUCUUCAUAUAUGUAUAUGUAUGUACAACUUACACAUGCAUUUUAUUUUUCAAAUAAUACAGCUGUGUGUGUUGCUGAUGGGCGAUUAUGGAGUUGUGUACAUUUUAAAAACAGUUGUUCAAUUAAUUUUAAAUACUUUUAUAUUUUUAAUUUAUUUGAGGCAUUCUAGAGUUUCUUAUUUAUUGUGCCUGAAAAACAAUUUCAUAUAUCUAGAUAAAAUGUUUAAUAUUUUAGAAACAAUGAAAAAAAAAAAAUACGCGGGAAAAUAAUAUUAAAGGUUAUUUAUGUAUUUGUCUUUGUUAUGACAGUAUGUAUGAUUAAUUAUUAACAAUGAAUGAAGAAAAAAAUAAACAAUUGUGUUUAACUUUUUUCCAAAAGUAUACAGGUAAAAAUAAACAAGCCGGUUUCGAUGAAUCCUUAUCUCUUUUACGUGAUGUAGCUAUUAAAAAAGGAUUGGAAACUUCUGAUAUGAAAAUUAUUAUUAAAACAAUUACUGAAAAAGAGCUUCGUGCUGGACUAUGUGUACCUCUUAUACAAUGUCUUAUACCAAAAAAUAAAGUUUCUGAUACUGCUUUAGAAACAGUGAUCAUUUAUUGGUUUUCAAAAUGUGAUGAUUUACCUGUCACUGUAUCUACUACCAUUCUGCAAUGGUUUUGCGGACUUUGGGAGCAUCAAUUAGCUGAUCGACAAAUGAUCAAUACCUACUAUGAUUGCUUUUUUAUGAAUAUGCUAAAAAAAGAAAAAUUGCAAUCUCCGAUAUCACGAUUAAUUUAUUUAAUGACAAAACCAGAUGACGUCACGAGAAGACAAGUUUUACGACUGCUCAAACUUCAGGAACAAUAUUCAAAGCCUCCAAAACACAUAUCUGCUCUUUUAUCUUUAUUUAAAUCUUAUAAACCAGAAAUCGUUCCUGAACAAAUACCAUCUUUAAAUAUUGAAAGUGUCUGGAAACCUAUACCUGAAAUUCUUAGGCUAGGCUUUGAAGAUGCUAAAUCUCGUGGUACUGGUAGUGAAGUAAAAGCUUUGGAAUAUUUCGAUUGGAAUGCAAUAAAAACUAAAGAUGGUCCAAAAAGUUAUCCACUUUUGCCAUCAAUAAGAUAUUUCCAAAUGGGAUCUUCUAUUGAAAGAAAUAAAGAUGCUAAAUUUUUAUUUGAUCUCAACAAUAUCGACGAUAUAGGAAAAAAUCAUUUUAACACUGAAUUACCUUCUAAUGCAACAUCUUUAUUGGCAAAUAUGGCUGGGUAUCACUUUCUUACAUUUUCCACUUUCGAAUAUCAGUGUAGAUUUUCUUACAAUUUGUAUAAUACACUUCGUCGGGCAUUUAUAAUCGAAAGUAAUAGAUUUUCACAUAAUCAGAAAGUGCAGUUGCUUGAUUUGACAACUGAGUUUUGUCGUUACAUGCAGCAAGGAAUUCCUGUGGUUGUUCGUUUCCUUCAGGAAUAUUUAUUGUAUGAAACAGGAGCAUUCAGGGAUAAACUUUUACUUUUAAUGGAAUGGUCUACUUUAAUUUCUGUAAUUGACCUGCAAGAUAUGUCAAGUUAUCUUGAAACUAUUUUUCUUGAAUCUUCUCUAAAAGAAAAGUGCAAGUUAAUUAAUUCACUAGGAAAACUUGCUAUAAAUAUGUAUGUUAAUCAACGAUUUGAUAGAGAAAGACCGUUGAAACCAUCGCCGUUUUUAGGACAAGAACCGAUAAGUGAAUUAACCGACAUCAUACCAAUGAUAUUAAAAAUAGCUGAUUAUUUGAUUACUAAAGGAUUAAAUAUUCAUCAGAACCACUGUUUAUUUCUGAGUGAAGCAUUAAAGUUCUACGAAACUAUCAACAAACUUGCCAAGUAUUGUAUACCGCCUAUGUUAAUUAUAGCACCACCCGCUGUAAUAUAUGGUGGUUUUUUGUCUAAAUCUGCAUCAAUUUUAUCGCGAGUCUGUGGAUUACUUUUGGACUACAAAAAUAUUCAUAAUCAUCUUGAGGAAUUAAAUUUACGAAAGAAUUAUAUACCUGAGAUAAAGUCAUUACAAAUAUAUGCUCAAGAUAUAGGGGAUGCUUUAUGGAAUGAUCAGAUUUCGAUUGGCCGUAGUAAAAGUUAUUUAUUUUCAUCUUUAACGAGUCGGAUGAUUGAAAAUAUGCCAGAGAAAAAAAAUCUUUUGUUGAAUAUCAACAAUCACAUUGCUAUUUUAUCUUACAAAUGUAUAUUAAAUGAUACGGGUGUGGAUAUUAGUACAAAAGAUGCAGCAUUGUAUCUUUCAAAUAUGUAUUUUCCAUUGGUUACUGAAUUUAUUUCGUCAUUCCAAGAAUUUCAAAGUGAAAAUCAAUUUCAUGCAUUGAAAAGCUAAUAAAAUUAUGUCAAUAAAUUUUUUACUUCAAAUAUAAUUAUAUUUUUAACAUGAAAAGUCUUUUAACUACAAAAUCGUCAGAGUUCAACUUUUAUUUCCUCCAAUUUACAUGCAUAUUUUUUCAUGUACAUUUCA